CCGCGGACUAAUGAAUGGACCUUCCUCGUGGGGGUGGUGGGUGCUGCGGAGGCACCGCGGACUCUGCUCGUUGGCUGGGUCCCCGAGCGUACUGGGGGCGGUUGGAACCCGGCAUGGCCCGGACCCAGCCGGCGCUGUGGCUGCCAUCUCUGAUGAUUCUAACGCUGGUGUCCUCGGCCCAAGUUCCCACUGACUACCAGUACUUUGGCCAGCAGGGGACGGGAGACACCUGGGAGCUGCUAGGGCUGCAACAACAAAAGGAAGUGGAGAAGGAGUCUAUCCUGAGCCCGUGGGGAAAGUGGCGCUGUUUCUGCGAUCUGGGCCUACAGAAGCGAGACCGGGAGGUCAUAGGCAAAGCACCCAACCCUGUGUUCAUGGAUCCCGAGGACCUGGUCCAAGUGAUUCCCUGCCAGCUGCAGGAUUGUUCGUCUUGCAAACCGACGGAUUGCAACUAGAGGCCCUAGGCCCGACCUCAGGAGACAUAGCCCCAGAGGCUGAGGGGCGGGGCUUUCAAGACGACCCCGCCCUCCCCAGUCUGCAAACCACACCCACAGCAGUCGCCC